UCCAUUAACUCCCCAAAAGAUCCCCAUAACAGAUAAGCAAUGAAUAUAGCCGUUGGCCCUUUUAGCGGCCUUUUCCUCCUCUCUUACUUUAAAAAUCUAAAAGCCUACCACCAUUUUACUACUUGUUCAGAGCAAAAGUAGAGAGUUACAUCACAAUGCCUAAAGCAGCAACUUUCUCUCUCUUCGUCUUCCUACUGUCCUUCAUUUCAGGUUUUUCUACCAGUCUUUCAGUUCUCUUUGGGACUUUGAAUUUGGUGCAUGGACAGAAAACUUGGUGUGUGGCCAAGCCUUCAUCAGACUCAGCAACUCUAGUAGCAAACAUCAACUAUGCAUGCUCCCAAGUGGAUUGCAGGAUCCUGCAAAAGGGUUGCCCGUGUUACUCGCCGGAUAAUCUCAUCAACCAUGCUUCCAUAGCCAUGAACCUCUACUACCAAUGCAGGGGAAGGAACCAUUGGAACUGCGAUUUCAAGAAUUCUGCUCUUACCGUCGUGACUGAUCCAAGUUAUGGUAGCUGUGCUUAUGAAUAAUGACUGGUGCAAGCAGCUACGGAUAAUAAUGCAAUUCUAGUUGUUUUCGGUAUAUAGCAUGUAAUGUUCUACCAUUUGCUGCCUAAUCUCUGGAUAUAUAUAUUGCUGCAAAGAAGUGGCAUAUAUUUAUUUUAUUUGUCAA